ACCGGUAAUGUUUCAUCCACAUACAUCAGUUUCACAGUUGAGACCACAAAAAAAUUGCGUGACAGCCUAAAUAUAUCCGAUAAUAUCCUCGAAUCUGCUAGUGUAUGCUCUUACAUCAUCACACACACUUCCAACUUAGAAACUUCCAAGCUUCCAGUAUUUAUCGCCUCCACUUCGCACAAACCAAACUAAGACAUAUCUCUCUCACAGAUAAACUGCGUACAAUGGCGAUCAAUGCCAAACCGCCUCAUUUCGUCCUGCUCCCGUUCAUGGCGCAAGGCCAUCUGAUUCCCGCGGUGGACUUGGCCAAGCUUCUGGCUAAGCGCGGAGUCACCGUCUCCAUUCUCGUCACUCCAAAGAACGGCAGCAGAGUAAAUAAAACGGUGGAGCGCGCAAUCGCCUCCGGAUUGAGCAUCCGCAUCUUCCACCUGAGGCUACCCUGCGCCGAGGCUGGCCUGCCCGAGGGCUGCGAACAUUUCGACAUGCUUCCGUCGAUGCAUUACGUCUUGAACUUCUUCAAGGCAACCGCCAUGCUGCGGGAGCAGGUCUUGGCUUUGCUCCUCCAACUCAAUCCUACUUGUUUGAUAGCCGAUAUGUGCUUUCCAUGGGCUACGGAAAUGGCUCGCCAACUGGGAAUCCCUCGCCUCGUGUUUCAUGGAACCAGCUGCUUUUCUCUCGCGUGCAUGAACCUGUUGUGGGACUCCAAGCUUCUAGAAGAUGUAGCUACUGAUACAGAGUAUUUCGUUGUGCCGGAUUUGCCUCAUCGGAUCGAGCUCACCAAAGUUCAGCUCAGGGGCUCCGUUGAAGAUUUGUCGCCGGAAUGGGCUGAGAUACGGCACCAGCUCUUCAACUCCGAGGGCGGCGCGGCCGGAACGGUGGCCAACACUUUUCAAGAGCUGGAGACUGAAUACGUCCGGAAAUACGCUAAUCUCCGAGGCAAUAAGGUCUGGUGCAUCGGACCAGUUUCGCUCUGCAACGUGGAGGAUUCCGACAAGGAGGAGAGAGGCAACACGGCGGCGAUUGGCGGACACGACUGCUUGAAAUGGCUUGACUCGCACGCCCCCGGCUCUGUCAUCUACGUCUGCCUAGGGAGCAUAUCGCGCGUGGCCGCCGCGCAGCUGAUAGAGAUGGGAUUAGGCCUAGAAGCUUCCAACCGCCCCUUCGUUUGGGUGAUCAGGCAAGCCUCCGACGAGUUUGUGUCGUGGCUGACGGAGGAGAAAUUCGAGCAGCGGAUCGGAGGGAGGGGGCUCUUGAUCCGGGGGUGGGCGCCGCAGGUGCUGAUCCUGUCCCACCCGUCGGUGGGAGGGUUUCUGACGCACUGCGGGUGGAACUCGACUCUUGAGGGCGUGAGCGCCGGCGUGCCGAUGAUCACGUGGCCCAUGUUCGCGGAGCAGUUCUGCAACGAGAAGUUCAUCGUGAACGUGAUCAAAACCGGGGUGAGAGUAGGCGUGGAGAUUCCGGUGGUGCUAGGGAUUGUCGAUGGUGCUGCGGUGCAGGUGAGGAGCGAUGAUGUGAAGAUGGCGAUUGAUGAGUUGAUGGAGGGAGGAGAGGAAGGGGCGGAGAGGAGAGAGAGGGCACGGAAGCUCGGAGAGGCGGCCAAGAGGGCGGUGGAGGAAGGAGGCUCGUCGCAGCUAAACAUGACGCAGCUUAUACAAGAUAUGGUAGUGCUCAAGGCCAAGUAUGUAGACAAAUCUGCAGAUGCUACAAAGAUAGAUGAGAUUUCUUCCCUAAUUUGUACUCCAGUGAAGUAGAAGAAAUUCUGUCUUCCUACAGAUUAUGGAAUUUGCUUGCUCAUUCAAAUUCCUUUUUUUCUUUUUCUUUUUUUAAAUGCCUUAUUAUAUGAAAGUAAUUUGCUUUUUGCA